AUGAAUUUAGAUUUUCUCUACUUCCACGUGGCCGAUAACACCUACCCUAAUUUGAUGCCUCUUCUGACAGGCUACACAGAAAAUACAGCAUCUAUGAAAUGUCACCCUAGCUAUAUUUCCUUGGAUAAUUGCCACUUCAUAUGGACCACAUUAAGACGAAAAGGAUUUGCCACCGCAUAUGCAGAAGACACUUCAUACAUGGCCACCUUCGAUUAUCAAAAGAGGGGAUUUCUUAGGCCGCCCACCGAUCAUUACCUGCGCCCCUUUUCAAUGGCAAUAGAAAAACAUUUAAAAAUAAUUAAAAAAGCAGGUCUCAGCUAUUGCAUUGGGCGACAUCAAGCUGGCGAAUAUAUCUAUAAUUUUGGAAUUGAAUUUGCCAAACGUUAUCAGAAUCAAUCCUAUUUUGGCUUAUUUUGGACGAACUCCUUCAGUCAUAGUUUCUUUAAUACGGCUACCACUAUGGAUACCACAAUAUUGGCUUAUUUCAAGGACAUGGAAAAGCAAGGCAUUCUAGAUACGGCAGCGGUGGUGUUUUUUAGCGAUCAUGGCCGCAGAUGGGGUCCUCUGUUGCAUUUAGAGGAGGGUUUCCUGGAGGAGCGUUUACCCAUGUUUUACAUUUCUUUGCCAAAAUGGAUCAAGGAAGAUUAUCCAGAUUUGGUAAGAAAUCUGGAAGUGAAUCAAGGACGCUUAACCACACCUUUUGACAUAUACAUGACCGUUAAGCAUUUGACUCGAUUGGCAUUGCCCAAAUUGAAGUUUCAGCAGGCCUCUGAUUGUGCCAAUGCCCAAUCGAUUCUAAAAAUUGUGCCUGAAAAUCGUACCUGUGAGGAUGCCUGCAUACCGCAAAGUUGGUGCACUUGUCUGCCCUAUAUCAAGCAAGCGAAAAAUAGUGUGCUUGUGCAGAAUGUUACACAACUCAUUUUGAAUGAAAUGAAUAAUUAUUUGCAGGUCAGGAAUCUAUCCACACUGUGCAGCGAAUUAUCUCUGAAGAAAAUUACAGAUGCUUGGUUGCGUCAGAAUGAAAGCACACCAGUAGUAUCUACCUCCACUCUGCCCACCUAUAAAAUUGAAUUUACUACAAAUCCCAAGACCAAACCUUUAACAGAAUUCAGUGCCACUGUCGAUUAUGAUGUCAAGGAGCAAAGAAUCAUUGCAAAUGUUGAAGAUAUAAGCCGACAGUCCGAAUAUGCCUCAACUGCACAAUGUGUGAAUGACAAGCAGGCAAAAAAGUAUUGCAUUUGCAGAAGUUCUUUGCUGGAAAAUUCCGAUAAAAAACCUCAAGUAGAGUAGAGUAGAGUGUGUGUGUUUGUUUGUAAGGAUCAAAUUAUGCUCUUAUUAAGUACUA